UUCUCUCAGCAAAGUUACAGUGUUUAUGUUGGCCGUGAAUAAGGACACAUAGUUAAUGCUACCAGUUUGUUCCAAGCAUAUGCAAAGGACUAAACAUCUCUAAAGCACGUUAUAGAAAAUGGGAGCCAAGGAAGACAAGAAGUGUUUCUUCCAAGGUGAACUCCAGUUGGCACCCAGCAUCCUCCUUCUCUUCAUCUUCAGUGCCAUCUGUAAAGCUUUUCAUUGAUGGGAAAUUUAUUGAAUCCAAAAGUGACAAAUGGAUGGACAUCCACAACCCCGCCACCAAUGAGGUCAUUGGUCGGGUCCCUCAAGCCACCAAGGCUGAAAUGGAUGCAGCAGUUUCUUCCUGCAAACGUGCUUUUCCCGCAUGGGCAGACACUUCAAUAUUAAGCCGUCAGCAGGUCCUGCUCCGCUAUCAACAACUCAUUAAAGAAAACUUGAAAGAAAUUGCCAGGUUAAUCACGCUGGAACAAGGGAAGACCCUAGCGGAUGCCGAAGGAGAUGUAUUUCGAGGCCUUCAGGUGGUUGAGCAUGCCUGCAGUGUGACAUCCCUCAUGCUGGGAGAGACCAUGCCAUCCAUCACCAAAGACAUGGACCUUUAUUCCUACCGUCUGCCUCUGGGGGUGUGUGCAGGCAUUGCUCCAUUCAAUUUUCCUGCCAUGAUCCCCCUUUGGAUGUUUCCCAUGGCCAUGGUAUGUGGAAAUACCUUCCUAAUGAAACCAUCAGAGCGAGUCCCUGGAGCAACUAUACUUCUUGCCAAGUUGCUUCAGGACUCUGGUGCCCCUGACGGAACACUGAAUGUCAUCCAUGGACAACAUGAAGCUGUAAACUUUAUUUGUGAUCAUCCUGAUAUCAAAGCAAUCAGCUUUGUGGGAUCCAACCAGGCAGGAGAGUACAUCUUUGAGAGAGGGUCAAGACAUGGCAAGAGAGUUCAAGCCAAUAUGGGAGCCAAAAACCAUGGGGUAGUCAUGCCAGAUGCCAAUAAGGAAAAUACUCUGAACCAGCUCGUUGGGGCAGCAUUUGGAGCCGCUGGUCAGCGCUGCAUGGCUCUUUCAACAGCGAUCCUUGUGGGAGAAGCUAAGAAGUGGCUGCCAGAGCUGGUAGAGCGUGCCAAAAAGCUGAGAGUCAAUGCAGGAGACCAGCCUGGAGCUGAUCUUGGCCCUCUGAUCACCCCCCAGGCAAAAGAGCGAGUCUGCAAUCUGAUUGAUAGUGGAACAGAGGAAGGAGCUUCCAUCCUUCUUGAUGGGCGAGAUAUUAAAGUCAAAGGUUAUGAAAAUGGGAACUUUGUUGGGCCAACCAUCAUCUCAAAUGUCAAGCCAAAUAUGACCUGUUACAAAGAGGAGAUUUUUGGCCCAGUUCUUGUAGUUCUGGAAACAGACACUUUGGAUGAAGCCAUCAAGAUCGUAAAUGACAACCCAUAUGGAAAUGGAACUGCCAUCUUCACCACCAAUGGAGCCACUGCUCGGAAAUAUUCCCACCUGGUAGAUGUCGGACAGGUCGGGGUGAAUGUGCCCAUUCCAGUGCCUUUGCCAAUGUUCUCAUUCACUGGCUCUCGAGCUUCCUUCAGGGGAGACACCAAUUUCUAUGGCAAACAGGGCAUCCAGUUCUACACUCAGCUAAAAACUGUCACUUCACAGUGGAAAGAAGAAGAUGCUUCUCUUUCCUCACCUGCUGUAGUCAUGCCUACCAUGGGCCGUUAGAAAUGAGUUUGUUCUGGACUCAGUCCAUCCUGAGUAAUUGCCCUUUAUUCUUGACCAACUCCAACUGCCAACUUUGCUCAGAUCAGAUCCCUGGGAUUGGAAUACUAUGUAACUAAAAUCUUUCAUAGGACCAUUAUCCCCUGUUAAGUAGUUAAUAGGGAGACUCCUAGUGUAAUUCUGAAACCAGAUUUUCACUUGCUCUUCAUAAUUUUAUUUUUGAGGUCACUGUUCUAACUGUGAAAUGCUUCUCUGGAAUAAGAGCUUAGACCUGAUUUCUAAAAAUUUUCCCCUUUUCUGAUGACUUGAAGGAAGGGAACAUUAGUGUGUGUAAAGACGAUCUUCCAAGGAAGAGGAUCUCUUGUAUGGGGAAAUAGGUCAAAAAUAAUUCACCCUUUGGUUGAUCGUCAAACACAGCCCCACAUAAAUGCCAGUGGGUGAGGCCUCUCUGCGAAGCUUUGCUGAGCCUCUCAUUUAUCCCACACCACACAAGAUAUAAUCCAUCUCUACUUAUCCCACAGAUGUGACAACUGCUUCUGUCUUUUCUGCUGAAUGCCACUUUGUCCUAGUGACUCAUGACCACUAAUUCUAUCAUUGUCACUGUUCCUGCUCCUUAAAACCACUUCCCAAGGAUACCUCAGUAUGCAUUGGAUAAAUCAACUUUUUGUGGUGUGUGCCAAGCGUUAAAUUUCAGGGUUUGCUUUAGCAAUCAAUUAAUGCUUCAGUCAUUAAUUCAGAUGCCAACAGGAUUUUUUUAGAAAACUAUUUCAAAAGUUAUAUCAGGCCCAGAAAACAAGGGGUAUUCCAAACCAUGAAAGUGAGCAAGACUCUUUUUUUUUUUUUUUUUUUUUUUUUGAUGCUUAACAGGAUCUCAUGUUUAUUGAGAAGUGAUUAAUGGUAAAGAGAAAGGCAAUGCCCUUUCCUCAUUGGCUGAAUGAGAAACUGAAGAAACAUUCACUACAUGUUUUACAAUAUUUUUCUCUUCCAAAAUGCAUUUCUGUAAACAAGUUUUAACCACUGUUCUUAGCUUUGAGAUCAAAUUAAUGCUGAACUUAAUCAGUAUAAUGUAUAAGAACAGAACAUUUCUUAGGACUCCUAGUACUUUACUUUGAGUAACAAAGGGUCCGAGAAAAUGAACCACCCUUAAAGAUACAACCUUGGGUGACACUGUUAAAUUCUCCAAGACAAAAAUUCUUCCUAAAAAUGUUCUUCCCGUUUGGAAGGGAAAAACCAAAUUCCUACUUCCUGGGGUGGAGGCUCAAAACCUUCAGACUCAAGUGUUCUCCAAGUAUGUGCAAGACUGUUCCCUAAAGUAAGUCUAACCUGAUAUUACUUGUCAAAAUUUUUAUAUUGUUCUUUCCUCUUGCCUGCAUUUCUCAUUUGUGAUACUUUUUUUUUUUUUGCGGUACGCGGGCCCCUCACUGUUGUGGCCUCUCCCGUUGCGGAACACAGGCUCCGGACGCGCAGGCUCAGCGGCCAUGGCUCAUGGCGCAUGGCGCAGCCGCUACGCGGCAUGUGGGAUCUUCCUGGACUGGCACGAAUCCGUGUCCCCUGCAUUGGCAGGCGGACUCUCAACCACUGCGCCACCAGGGAAGCCCUGUGAUACUUUUUAAUGAAAGAACCCUAAUGUAAAGUAAUUAACUGGGGCCUAAGAAAUUUAAAAGCUUUCCAUGUGUGAAGUAGUCAAAGAAAUGCUUUGACAGAUUCUUCUGCUACCAUUAAUUCAAUUGUCUUUAUGCUUUUUGUUUCUUUGCUAUAGCUCAGUUUUAAGUCAGAACAGAAAUUUAUGUGCUAAACAGAAUAGAUUCUGUCUUUUUGCUCUAGCAUGCCAGUUGAAUCCUGUCUUUCUGAUAUGGUCUUCACCCAUUGACCUAGGAGAAGGCUUCUCAUUUCUGAUAGAGUAGUCUCUGGUCCUCAGCCAGAUGACAUAGGUCAUUUAUUUUUCUGCUUCCUCAUUAGUUACGUAGAUAAUGCUAACCUAUUCCAUGGGGGUUAUUUAAUGAAUUAAGGAUGGUAAAAACCUUGAAAAUGUUUGUGCACUCUGUGGAUUUUAGGCUUGUUACUACCACCUGUUGGAUAGAACGUCAAAAUCUUUAAUCACUUAAGGUGAUUGAACUUUAAUAAAAUAUAUUUAUGACCCUCCUGGCGCUUUUUUUUUUUUUGGAUUUGCCUGCCUAAAGGUGAGGCAAUAGAAAUUUAUAAUUUCAUAAUAGAAUGCCUCUUGUUUUAUCUCUUAUCACAGCUGACAACUGGUAGUAAUAUUUAAUCCAGUCCAACAACUACAGGCUGGGUUGAAUAAAGGGUCAUAUUGUCUAAAUUCCAAGUGGAAUUAAAUAUAAUCACAGAGACUCCUAAGUUUUCCUUACAUUUAAGGAAAAUUACUUUUUAAGAAAUGCUAACUAAUCAGAAUUGUGCUGCUCUAAUUGGAAUCAACUCAUUUGGCUAGGUACUUGCUACUCAGAAGAGUUUCUAAUUUCUUAGAUGGAAAAAAAUCUGUAUAGUUGUGUUCAUGCUAGUAGCUGCUAAAAAGUUCAGUAUUUUCUUUUUGCUCUGAUGUGGCCUCACUGGAAAUUUCUCACAUUUUACAUCGUACUAAUUGAUUAUGUACAACAAAUUACAAGUAAAAAACUCUUAAAAAGAA